AUGGUUGCCUUCACAACAACACCCGCAAUUCCAGUUCCAGUUCCAGUUCAUCCAUCUUCCAUUUCUCAACGAAAUACUCCUUUAAACUCUAAUUCUUGCUGGAAAUCAGUAUGGUUUCCUCCUUCUUCUUGUUCUUGUUCUUGUCUCUCCAUUUUAUUAGCCAACAAUACGAGAAGAAGCACACUUCACCAAUUUAUUAUACCCAAAGUAUCUUUCAACCCACAAGGCAACUAUGACCUCUCCCUCCUCAGUGAUGAUGAUCUUCAAGCUAAAGCUCCAGAGCCAAUGCCCCCAAAACAAGGAAGAUAUGAGGUCAUCAUAGAUACUGAUGCCAUUCGACGUCUAGACUUAUCUCCCUUCCAAUCUGCCACUGCCAUUUCCUCAUCUUCCUCUGUUAAUCCGGAGGAGUAUCUGGAACGUACAAUAGGGUUCACGAUAAAGUACAAAAGGGAGGAUCCAUAUGAUCAAAGAGAAGUAUCAGAAUUCCCAGAAAUAAGACUUUGGUAUGUGAGACUUGAUGCCACUUAUCCUUGGCUUCCCCUUUUGUUGGAUUGGCGUGCUGGUGAACUUGCUCGUUAUACUGCCAUGCUUGUUCCACACCAGAUGAGUAUGAGAAUGGGAGUGGUGUUCAACCCAGAGGCGUUGGAAUUGUUCAUCAUGAAUAAGGUGUUCACAAUAUACCCUUGGUUAAAGCAACAAGGUUUUCCCACUUCAAAGGCUAGAUUGAAGACUAAUGACAUGGCUAGAAUGCUUGGUUUUGGAAUUGGGGACGAGUUGUUUGACUUGAUCGAUCAACAUCCCGUUUCUUCGCCUACUUAAAAUGUGUUGAGGGUAGUGGUUAUUCAUGAGCCACAUUACACAUAGUAAUGCUCCUUGUUAGGACAAUCUAUACUAUUAUUAAAACUCCAAAGCAAACAUUGUCAUCUCGCCACAUGUCGCUUCCUAUAUAAUGAUCACAUGACGCAUAGUCAUCUUUGACAUGGCAA